AUGUGUAUUUAUCAACAGGCAGCCCUACUCCAUGACACUGUGGAAGAUACUAACACCACAUUUGAAGAAAUUUUGGACAAUUUUGGGGAAGAGGUCACAGGUCUUGUAAGAGAAGUAACUGACGACAAAAAUCUUCCCAAGCUUGAACGGAAACAGCAGCAAAUCGACCAUGCUCCCCACGCAAGCUACAAAGCCAAGCUGGUCAAGCUCGCUGACAAGCUGUACAAUCUACGAGAUCUCAAUCGGUGCACACCUUGCGGAUGGCAGGAAAGCCGAGUAAAAGAGUAUUUCCAGUGGGCCAAAAAAGUUGUGGAUGGUCUCAGGGGAACUAACCAGGCCAUGGAAAACAGUUUGGAUGAAUUGUUUAAAGAAAGGGAUAUUAUGUAAUGUUGUUGAAACCUGUUGUAUUUUGCAUAUUUUAUAUUUUUAUCAAUCUCAGUUGAU